ACUCCGCCCUAUUCGAAUUCGCCCAGAUUCAAUUGCAACCUUCUGUCGAAUCUGUACGAAAAGGGUUUGAUUUGCGUUCAAUCUAGGUCUCCUUGACGUCUCAAUCUGGGGGCAUCGGAUUUAAUUGAAAUUUGUUUGCUUUAAGCUCUCGAUUCUAGGGUUUGGUAUUGUCUCAGCCCUUUGAACGAUGAUUAACAACAAAGUGGGGGUUUGUGGUCUUGCAGCUAGGGAUAACUUGAGAGGAUCUAAAAAGGAAUUCAACAUAACUGAAGAUGAUCUCAAGUCUCUUCAAAGUGUUGCUCAGAUCAUUGGAGAAGUCCUUCGACCUCUCGAUAAUGAAAGAUUGAUUGUCAAAGCUAGCAGCGGUCCUCGGUAUGUGGUAGGCUGCCGUAGCAAAGUGGAUAAGGAGAAGCUGAUCUCAGGAACUCGAUUUGUUCUUGAUAUGACCACACUAACAAUUAUGAGAGCCCUUCCCCGAGAAGUAAGAUCCUUGCAUCUGAUCCUCUCCGCCAGCCAUUUUCACCCCUCACAUCCCUUCCAUCAUCCUAGCACAAGAGAAACCAAGAAGAAAAACAACAUCAAUGUCAUACAUAUAAAAAGGAAGAGAAAGAAUUGCGUUUACUCAGAAUUUGAGUAUAAAUAUGGGUGAUGCUGAAGAAGUAUCACAACACUAUAGAUUGAUGUCAAGACAUACAAGAGAUUGUUUGGGAGUGUCCUUUAGAUGUUACGCCCACAUACCCGUUUCAGGUCAAGAGUGUGUGCAGUUGUCUAAUUGUCUAAUUGAAACGCUUAACAAAGAUGAAGUGUACUGAUUAGCUGUUGCAACUGCAUUUUCACUCAUGAGCAAACUCUGUGGUUACUGAAUUUUUUUUUUUAAGGAUAUAUUCCUCCCUGAAACUCAAGCCUCCUGCUACUCAUCAUUAUAGUGCCUUUCAAACCCACACACCAUGAAUGGCCAACUUGAACCUUAUGUUCUCCGACUUGAAAGCUGGUUGUUGUGCCAACACGGUCGAAGCCUGACUUCUUAGGUUCGGUGCGGCCUGUAAUGUGAAGAAAGGGAGAGAGCUCAUAAGGCCGACAUGCUGUAUCGUCAUCAUUUCAUCAUUAGUUAACUAUAAUAAUGUCCAGUUUUGGUUGAGUCACAAAAGCUUUGAUGGGUCUCAUGUUUGGUGGGUCACUCCCAACUAAAUUUUGUAAAUUUUUUUAUAUUCACAGCAGCUUUUUUUUUCAUGGUCGAAAGCUCAAAACAACGUCUUUAUCUUUGAAGCUAAGAUUAUGUUCUUCUAUGUCAUCCACGUCAGUCAGUUGCCUCCGAUGGGUCUUCUUCAUCUCCUUCUAUUGUAUUCUUCUCUAUAUUGUUUCUAUUUUGUAAAGUACAUGUAUUACCCUACCACUUCUUCUCCGAUUCAAAAUGUUUUCACAAAUCAAAUUCACCAGUUUUGU